CAUAAACCCACCUAAGAGAGGAAGUCUGUUUGGUCGUUUCUAUGCGUUGCUUGGGGCCUUUGAGACUUGAUUCAGUGUGACUGCAUCUCCUCAAAUUCGGAUCCUACCAGCAUUGAUUAUAAACUUCCUAGAUCUUACCAACCCGAUGCGGGUUAUCUAUGUGUAUUUACUUGUCUAGGAUCCCGACGGUUUAGCAACUCGCAUUGUAACGAAUCUCUUUCUCUUAGAUCCUUUGGAACUCUGGUCGUUGCAUUUUUCAAAACUUUGAAUAUUGUCGUGUGAUGAACUCUCUCCUUCUUUCCCGUGCCAGAGCCGGUGGUCUUUCUUCUCGGUGCUUAUUUUUCCUCAAAUUCACUUACUCAUCUUCUUCCUCGCUCUCCAUUUCCCAUCAAGACACUUCUUACCUAAAAUCUAGGUACCAAUUUUCUGAAACAACCUUUCCUCAUCUUGAUGGCGGUCCCUACUCUUCUUUUCUAUCUCUUCUCCAAGCUUGCAUAUCAGCGAAAUCAAUUAGCCCUGGGAAACAGAUCCAUGGAUUCCUUGUCGUCAACGGUCUUGGCGAAGACACUGUUUUGGGCACCAAGCUGGUAAACCUGUACUCUCUCUGCAACUGCGUCGCUUAUGCACGCCAGGUGUUCGAGAGAAUUUCGAAGAGGAACGUCUUCCUGUGGAAUGUCCUGAUACGAGGGUAUGCGUGGAAUGGUCCCUUUGAAGAAGCUAUUAAGCUUUUCUACGGUAUGAUUGACGUGGGAUUGCGGCCUGAUAAUUUCACGUUCCCCUUUGUCUUGAAGGCGUGUUCAGGUCUUUCUGCUCUCAAAGUGGGAAAGGAAGUGCAUGAACUUGCUGUUCAGACAGGGUGGGAGUCUGAUGUCUUUGUUGGUGCUGGCUUGAUCGACAUGUAUGCCAAGUGCGGUUGUGUUGAUCGUGCACAUGAAGUUUUCAACAAGAUCCCUGAGAGGGACGUCGUCUUGUGGAAUUCCAUGGUUGGUGCCUAUGCGCAAAAUGGGCGGCCAAGUGAAGCAUUGUCCUUGUGCAGAGAAAUGACGUUGAAGGGUUUCAGACUCACGGAUGCCUCACUUGUUACAGUAUUGUCAGCCUCAGCAGACAGUGCUGCCUUGCCACAAGGUAAAGAGAUUCAUGGAUAUAGUUGGCGACACGGGUUUGCAGCUCACGAAAGGGUUGGGACUGCAUUGGUGGAUAUGUAUGCCAAAGGUGGCUUGGUUCAAAAUGCACGUAAACUGUUUGACAGGCUCGCAGAAAAGCGUACAAUCUCCUGGAAUGCCAUGAUUGCAGGAUAUGGAAUGCAUGGUCACGCUGCUGAAGCUCUUGCUCUGUUUGAUGAGAUGAAGAGGACUGGAAGCGUUCCUGAUCAUAUUACCUUUGUGGGUGUCCUAUCUGCUUGCAGUCACGGAGGUGUGAUGGACGAAGGAUGGGAGUUCUUCAAUUCGAUGAAGCGAGAUUACUUUAUCGAACCAGGAGUUGAACACUACACUUGCAUGGUUGCUCUACUUGGCCACUCUAAGCGCCUCAAUGAAGCCUAUGAUCUUAUCUUGAGUAUGCCAGUGGAGCCCGAUACAGGAAUUUGGGGUUCUUUGCUUUCUUCCUGCAAGAUUCAUAAAAAUGUGCAGCUGGGUGAGAUCGCACUUCAGAAAUUAAUUGAACUCGAACCAACCGAUGCUGGAAACUAUGUCAUGUUGUCCAACAUAUAUGCACAAUCUGGAAACUGGGAAGGUGUUAUAAAGAUGAGAACGGUGAUGCAGGAGAGGGGGUUGAAGAAAGCAGUUGCUUGCAGUUGGAUCAAGGUGAAGAAUCAAGUCCAUGCUUUCUUGGCUGGUGACACAACCCACCCGGACUCGGAGAAAAUCUAUACGGAGCUUGACACCCUGAGAAGUCUGAUGGAGGAAACCGGAUACGUGCCCGACACUGCACCAGUGUUUCAUGAUGUUGAAGAUGAUGAAAAGUUGAAUAUUUUGCACAGUCAUAGCGAGCGGUUGGCAAUUGCCUUUGGGCUGAUAAGUACUAGUCCUGGCACAAGGCUUCUGAUAACAAAGAACAUUCGUAUUUGUGACGAUUGCCAUGCUUUCAUCAAGCAUGCAUCCAAAGUUGUGCAGCGGGAGAUUGUGGUCAGAGACGUAAACCGUUACCAUCAUUUUAGGGAUGGGGAAUGUUCUUGCGGUGGCUACUGGUAAUAAAAUUGCAAGCUAGGGAUCCUCUUACAGUGCUUGAGGCCUUCUCGUGCUCCCUGGUUGACAAGGCAGAAGGUACGUCUCGUGCAUCUUCUCAUUCAUCUUGCAGCUUUGAGAAACUGAGGAACUUCACUUUAGAUCUCAAUUGCUUCCCAUGAAGAAAUAAUGUGAAGACUAGUCGAUAGAUGGUGGUUGGUCGUCCCCAUCUGGAAUAAAAGAAAUAGCAAUGAGAAGUGCAGUAUUUGCACAGGGACGGCCUAAGGAACUGCGCCAGGAGAGGUGAUCAGGCACUGCUAGACCAACUUCAUAAGUAUAUCAUGACGCUUGAGCUCCUCCAACUUGAAGGUCUUGAACAGGUCCAUCUGGUCAUGUAAUAGAGCGCUUGUUGGUUGGUUUAAAACAAAUUGUAUGAGCAAUAAUAAAUACAUCACAUGGUUAAUCA